GGUUCAAAGAUAAGAGAGAGAAAGCCGUGUGGGGAGAGAGAGAGAUUUUGCAGAAGAACCACCAGCGAUUCAUUCUCCGGCGACCGAGAUAAAAAAAAAAAAAAAAAAAUCGAACCUUUCGUAAAGGGUUUUCUCCAUUCGUCGAUUUCUCCACUCCGGAUGAAACCCUAGAUCAUAGGGAUAUCAGAGCAUUGCGGUUUUAAAGAUGAUUGUGGAUGAGGUGAUGAGCAACGGUGACGGUAGAGAGAGUAGUCAGCCUAAUGGUACAUUGAAUAUGGCUAAUGCAAGUUCUAGAGAUAACAAGCGGAGAAAGGUUAAUGGGAUGUGUGAGAUGGUUUCUACGGAUGGUCUCUCAAGAAGCCGGGAGUCUGUCGCUUGUGAAUUAAAUGGUCAAAGGUCCAGCGGAGGAACUCAUCUUACUGGUGAACUCCCCCAGCUUUCAAAUCCAGAUGAACCAACAACCGAACCCCCCAAGUAUGAGACUGUGACAGCCGGUUGCCAGAAUGUUCUGUCUCAAGUUUUAGCUUCAAAGGAGUUUGCUUCCCUCAGUAAGUUGCUUUCCGAGAAUCUCCAAGGGGUCAAGAUUGAAGACCUUCCCUGCAGAACUUUGAUAGACACCAGGAUGCAAGAGGGUGCUUAUGAAGGUUCACAUGUGCUCUUCUCAACGGAUCUCCAAGAGGUCUGGAAAAAACUACAGGAUGUUGGUAAUGGUAUGGCUGUUCUUGCUGGUAGUCUCUUGGAUCUUUCAAAAGCCUCUUGUACCGAACAGUUGAAGCAGUUCAACACUGUGGAACCUAACCCUCAUCCUAAUGUAGAGACCACCAGAAACGACAGUGUUGAAGACGCUUGCAAGCUAUGUGGAGAGAAGGCAGUGGUAAAGGACUGUUUAGCUUGUGAUCAUUGUGAAGAUAUGUACCAUGUCUCAUGUGCACAUCCUGGUGAGAAAGAGAUGUCUUCAGACACUUGGUACUGCCUAAACUGCACAGCUAAUGGAUUCGGAUCACCUCACGAGAAUUGCGUUGUGUGCGAGAAAAAGAAAACCGAAAAGCUGCUGAUAAAGACAGAUAAGAACGGAUGCGUUGAUGAUUCGAGUGCAGAACGUAAAGAAGAAUCAAACGGAUCAGAAGAGAAUUCAACAUCCAACAUGAUGAAUCAUGUAGAUGACGCCAUGGAGACAAAGAUAGAUUCUGAACUCUGCAGGACAUGUGGGACAAAAGUGGAGAAAGGCGAUGGGAACAGGUUCAUCACAUGCGAUCACCCUUUCUGCCCACACAAGUACUACCACAUCAGGUGUCUGACUUCAAAGCAGAUAAAGCUACACAACGUCAGCUGGUACUGCUCCUCGUGCUUAUGCAGAAACUGCUUAAUCGACAAGGAUGAUGACAAGAUUGUCUUGUGCGACGGGUGUGAUGAUGCUUACCACAUCUACUGCAUGAAGCCUCCGUGUGCGUCGGUUCCAGAUGGAGAAUGGUUUUGCAGGACUUGUAAAGUUGCGAUUCAGAAAGUGCGCAAGUUUCGAAAUGUGGUUGAGAAGAAGAAGGUGGGGGCUGUGCAGAAACUGAAAGGGAAGAUGAACGAGAGCAAACCGGGAAGUAAAGGCAAAGGAGGGUUGGAUAAUAGCGUAGGAGGGAUGGAUAUGCUUCUUAACGCAGCUGACACAUUGAAAGAUCAAGAACAGAUGUGACUUCAUAAUCCAUUAAAUGAGAUGAUUGGUUCAAGAAAAAAAACAGGCAGACUAUUACACAUUUCUUGUCUCUAAAAACAUUUUUUUGUCUUUGUUCAUCUUCCUAACUUUUUCAAAGUAGGACAGGGGUUUCUAAAGACCACAUUUUUAGGAUUUUAUUCUUUAAUCAAAUGUCUAUUGGGAUGUUGAUUUUGCACUCUGCUCACCUUUAUAAUGAGCUAGUUCUUGACCGAAGAUAUGAUGCUUCUUAGUUUUUUUUAUAAAUUUUAAUCCAAA